UAGUACUCUUCCUCUUUUCUGUCACAGAGACAGUGACAGAAAGAAAUUGAAAACAGAGAGAGAGAGAGAGACAUACCAACAUAGAAAGAUGAACGGCGAAGACGACAAGAGUUUGCUGUGGAAGCUUCCGGUGGUGAAGUCCGACCAGUUCGGCAAGGUGGGCCCCGCCUUCGGCAUCGGCGCCGGCUGCGGCCUCGGUUUCGGCCUUGGCCUUCUCGGAGGAGUGGGUUUUGGCCCUGGAAUUCCUGGUUUCCAAGUUGGUUUUGGAUUUGGAGCUGGAUGUGGAGUUGGUUUUGGGUUUGGCUAUGGUGUGGGGAAAGGAAUUGCACAAGAUGAGAACAAGAGAUACUCAAAUGUUGGAAAUCCUUUCCGUGGUUCUAGAAGCAUCAUUUCUGAGGAUGAUAUUACUGCACUUGUGGACGACCUUGUCAUUAAUACUAAAAAGUUUAUCAAGGCAACAUCGAAAGAAAUUGACAAGUGGAGAAGAUAAUGGAAGAAGAGACCAUUUUAAGUACAGUUGUAUAAAGAAAAAACUGUCAAUAUUUUCCAUUUUAUAUACUAAAUCAAGGAAAAAACAGCAUAUUCAGACUCGUAGCAGUACAUGAGAUACUAAAUUAUCAUGCUAAUACUUAAACGGGAGCUAUUAGUUGCCCUUAAUUGAAAUUGAAUUCGGCCAUCGUUUAACAGUACGAAUUUUCUGAA